GUUUUGUAACUCAAGUUAAGUUGCUGGCUGUUGCAACACCAUGGGGUUAUUGAACUGAAUGAACAAAUUCUAAAGCAGGAUAAAUAUAACCAUGUCAUAUUCUGAGUGGUUUGAAACAAGGUUGGAAGCUGUGAGAAAGAAGCACCUGUUUAACCUCCAUGCUGAUAUUUGCUAGUCUGUCAUUGGUCCAGGAGAGAGAGAGAAUUAGUAUAAACACUAAGAGUGAGGCAGCAGUCGAGUGUGACCUUCUCAAUCAUCCAGGGCAAGCAUGAAGUUGUUAAUUCUGGUGGCUUUGUUCGGGGUCAGCCUCGCCCAGCACAACCCCCACAUCAAGCAUGGCAGGACCGCCAUCGUCCACCUGUUUGAGUGGCGCUGGGCGGACAUUGCUGCAGAGUGUGAGCGCUUUUUGGGUCCCAAUGGUUUUGGUGGAGUCCAGAUCUCCCCUCCAAAUGAUCACAUUGUGCUGAACAAUCCCUGGAGGCCCUGGUGGCAAAGAUACCAGCCAAUCGGCUACAACCUGUGCUCCAGAUCUGGCAGUGAGAAUGAGCUGAGAGACAUGAUCACCAGAUGCAACAACGUUGGGGUCAACAUCUAUGUGGAUGCUGUCAUCAACCACAUGUGCGGCGCCGGCGGUGGAGAGGGAACUCACUCUUCAUGUGGAAGCUGGUUCAGUGCUGGCAGGAGGGACUUCCCCACCGUCCCCUAUAGCCAUUUGGACUUUAAUGAUAACAAAUGUAGGACUGGCAGUGGCGAUAUUGAAAACUAUGGUGAUAGCAAUCAGGUGCGCGACUGUCGUCUGGUUGGUCUGUUGGACCUCGCCCUGGAGAAAGAGUACGUCAGGGGCAAGGUGGUAGACUUUAUGAACAAGCUUAUUGACAUGGGUGUGGCCGGAUUCAGAGUGGAUGCCUGCAAGCACAUGUGGCCCGGUGACCUUUCUGCUAUCUAUGGUCGUCUCCAAAACCUCAACACUAAGUGGUUCCCUGAUGGCUCCAGAGCCUUCAUCUACCAGGAGGUUAUUGAUCUCGGAGGUGAGCCCAUCUCAUCUAGGGAGUAUUUCCAUCUGGGAAGGGUGACUGAGUUCAAAUAUGGUGCCAAACUGGGAACUGUCUUCAGAAAAUGGAAUGGCGAGAAGCUGUGUUACACCAAGAGCUGGGGAGAGGGAUGGGGUUUCAUGCCCGACGGCAAUGCUCUUGUCUUCGUUGACAACCAUGACAACCAGAGAGGCCACGGUGCCGGUGGUGCAUCCAUCGUUACCUUUUGGGAUUCCAGGCUCCACAAGAUGGCUGUCGCCUACAUGCUGGCCCACCCUUACGGAGUAACCAGGGUGAUGUCUAGCUUCCGCUGGAACCGCCACAUUGUCAAUGGAAAGGAUCAGAAUGACUGGAUGGGCCCUCCCAGCCAUGGUGAUGGGUCCACCAAGUCUGUUCCUAUCAACCCUGACCAGACUUGUGGAGACGGCUGGGUGUGUGAGCACAGAUGGCGUCAGAUCAAGAACAUGGUUAUUUUCCGUAACGUGGUCAAUGGACAGCCUCAUUCCAACUGGUGGGACAACCAAAGUAACCAGGUUGCCUUUGGACGUGGUAAUCGUGGUUUCAUUGUCUUCAACAAUGAUGACUGGGACCUGGAUGUCACCCUGAACACUGGCAUGCCCGGUGGCACCUACUGUGACGUCAUUUCUGGACAGAAGGAAGGAAGCAGGUGCACUGGGAAGCAGAUCCAUGUUGGCGGUGAUGGUCGUGCCCACUUCAAGAUUAGCAACAGAGAUGAGGACCCCUUCGUUGCUAUUCAUGCUGAUUCCAAGCUGUAAAAACAUCCUGUACAACUUCAAAUAAAUAUUACUUUUCAACUGCAA